CGCACCUUGCACUACCCUCGGUUCCGCUCCCACUCCUGCUCUCGGGUGUUCUCCUUCUCCGGGCAGGGCUGCCCCGAGCCCCUUUGCGCCCAGCGUGCCAGUUUGUCAGUCCGUCAGUCCAUCUACCUGCCUGCCAGCCCUGGCCUGAUACAGAGCCGGGAGUAGCAGGUGAGGCUCAGAGCCACAAGGGGAUGUCAGAGAUUAUGUCAAUGCCAUCAGGCUGGAACGGGCGCUGAGCCGGCAUCGGCACCCGCACCGCCGUCACUGGACUCGGGAGCUGUCAGCGAGGGCAGGUGGUUGCUGUCAGCGACUGUCACUGCCCCCGGCUGGAAGCAGCGCAUUUCGGAGAACCCUCAGUGUCCGACUGCAGGAUGGCGCUCAGGGCGAGGGGGAUGCACCCUAGGCUCAGUUUCCCGGCCUGGGGACUUUUGUUUUUGGCCCUUUGGAUGCUACCUCGGGUCCUGGGGACUGAAGAGAACUUAGAGCACGAUAACCACGGAAAUGAGGGCUUCUGGGUUAUCAGUUUCAAAUGGGAUCACGUCCAGGACCCCUACAUCAUCGCACUCUGGAUUCUCGUGGCUAGCUUGGCCAAGAUAGUUUUCCACCUGUCUCACAAAGUCACCAGUGUUGUUCCAGAAAGUGCUUUGCUCAUUGUUCUUGGCCUUAUCCUGGGAGGGAUUGUGUGGGCUGCAGACCACCUUGCUUCCUUCACCCUCACACCAACGGUAUUCUUCUUCUACCUACUGCCACCCAUUGUAUUAGAUGCUGGGUAUUUUAUGCCAAACCGCCUGUUCUUUGGAAAUCUCGGAACCAUCCUUUUAUAUGCUGUUAUUGGAACUGUGUGGAAUGCUGCUACAACUGGCUUAUCACUGUAUGGAGUCUACCUCAGUGGCAUCAUGGGAGAACUCAGUAUUGGAUUGCUGGAUUUCCUCUUGUUUGAGUUGAUAGCUGCAGUGGACCCUGUGGCCGUCCUGGCUGUUUUUGAAGAAGUCCAUGUCAAUGAUGUCCUGUUUAUCAUCGUGUUUGGGGAGUCACUGCUGAAUGAUGCUGUCACCGUGGUCCUGUAUAAUGUUUUUGACUCUUUCGUGUCACUGGGUGCUGACAAAGUGACAGGAGCGGACUAUGUGAAAGGCAUAGUGUCUUUCUUUGUGGUGAGCUUGGGAGGCACACUCAUUGGAGUUAUCUUCGCCUUCUUUCUCUCUCUGGUGACUCGUUUCACCAAACAUGUCCGGAUCAUUGAGCCAGCAUUUGUGUUCAUCAUCUCCUACCUGUCCUACCUCACCUCUGAGAUGCUUUCCCUCUCAUCCAUUCUUGCGAUUACUUUCUGUGGCAUAUGCUGUCAAAAAUACGUGAAAGCUAAUAUUUCUGAGCAGUCAUCAACCACAGUGAGGUAUACCAUGAAGAUGUUGGCAAGUGGAGCUGAAACGAUCAUUUUUAUGUUCCUGGGAAUCUCUGCAGUAGAUCCAUUCAUCUGGACUUGGAACACAGCAUUCAUACUCCUAACAUUAGUCUUCAUUUCUGUCUAUAGAGCCAUUGGUGUGGUCUUACAAACAUGGCUUCUGAACAAGUAUCGGAUGGUCCAGCUAGAGAUAAUAGACCAGGUGGUCAUGUCAUACGGGGGACUCCGGGGGGCUGUUGCUUAUGCCCUGGUAGUGCUUUUGGAUGAAAAGAAAGUGAAGGCGAAAAACCUCUUUGUAAGCACCACCAUCAUUGUGGUGUUCUUUACCGUCAUAUUCCAGGGUCUGACCAUCAAACCCCUGGUCCAAUGGCUGAAGGUGAAGAAGAGUGAGCACCGAGAACCCAAGCUCAAUGAAAAGCUUCAUGGCAGAGCUUUCGAUCAUAUUCUCUCUGCCAUUGAAGAUAUAUCUGGACAAAUAGGACAUAAUUACUUAAGAGACAAGUGGUCCAAUUUCGAUAGAAAAGUCCUAAGUAAAUUUCUGAUGAGAAGAUCAGCCCAAAAGUCCAGAGACCGGAUUCUGAAUGUUUUCCACGAGCUCAACCUGAAGGAUGCUAUUAGCUAUGUGGCUGAGGGAGAGCGAAGAGGUUCUCUGGCAUUCAUCCGUUCACCAAGUACUGAUAACAUCGUCAAUGUGGACUUCAACACACCUCGUCCAUCUACCGUAGAAGCCUCAGUCUCUUACUUAUUGAGAGAAAAUGUCAGCACCGUUUGCCUGGACAUGCAGGCUCUGCAGCAGAGGAGAAGAAGUAUUCGGGACACAGAGGACACUGUCACUCACCAUACACUGCAGCAAUACCUCUACAAACCCAGACAAGAGUACAAACAUCUCUACAGCCGGCAUGAGUUACCAUCAAAUGAAGAUGAAAAACAAGAAAAAGAAAUUUUCCAUAGAACAAUGAGGAAGCGCUUAGAGUCUUUCAAAUCUACCAAACUUGGAAUAAAUCAAACCAAAAAGACUGCCAAACUCUACAAGAGAGAGCGCGGCCAGAAGAGGAGAAACAGCAGCAUACCAAAUGGAAAAAUACCAAUGGAAAGCCCAACUCAUGAUUUUUCUUUUAAGGAGAAAGAACUGGAAUUUUCAGACCCCGAAGAGACUAAUGAAUAUGAAGCUGAGCCAAUGAGUGGAGGAACUGAAUUUCUAGCUAGUGUUACUCAAGACACAGCCACAGAUUCAACGACAGGAAUUGAUAACCCAGUUUUUUCAACGGAAGAGGACCAGAGUGUCUUUACAAAGGUACCACCAUGGCUAUCUUCUGAGGAGACAGUGGUGCCGUCGCAAAGGGCACGCGUGCAGAUUCCGUACUCUCCCAGCAACUUCAGACGUCUCACACCAAUCCGGCUCAGCACUAAGUCAGUCGAUUCCUUUUUGCUAGCUGACAGUCCACAGGAGCGGUCUCCGUCUUUCCUUCCAGAAUCUACACAUAUGUAAUUUUUUUUUAAUGCAACCUCUUUUCUUUUUAACUCAUCUCCCCUGCUGUAGCUACCUAACAAAACUUUCAUCUCUUUCUUCCUCAGAUGAAUUUUCUCUCUGCCUCUCUGUCUCUGUUUCCCACUUUGUUCUUUCCUUCUCUUGUGGUCUAAAUGCGCACAUUGGCUGGUCACGGAGGCACGUUGUGUUCAUUCCCAAGGAAACCACACCUGGCACCUCGUGGAUGGAGGCUCUUUCUGCCUUUGAUAGUCAAUCCCAGUAGACACAGUCUGAUUUAAAGAUUUUCCUUGUGCCUUUCACAUAGUGCUUUUCUAUGUACAAAUGUGCUUCCUCAUUUAAGUUACUUUUAUUUACUCUACCUAUAAUUUGUUUCUUUGAUAGCAAACCUUACUUGAGACAUGAUUUAAAAUGAAGCUAAUGUUUUGCCAUAGUCAGUGACUUUUCAUUGAAAGCUUUUCAGACCUUAAGAUAUAGCUGUGCCCUCAGAUUUGAGAGUCAAAGGGGAUAAGCUAAGGUGAGGAAUUGGCAAAGGAGAGAGAGUCAUGGUCCCAGGGGAAAGAAGGAUCUUGCUUUUUCUUUCACCUAACACAUAAACUACUAUGGGCAUUGGAAAGGUUCAUGAAAAGAACAGCAGAUCUCAUUUCAACACAGGUGUAAGAGUGCCUAAUUUACUGAAGGAGUAAAACAAUAAAACCCAACAAGAUCAGAAACCACAGUAUGAUUAUAUUUCCCUGGUGGAGUAUUAAACUUAGGAAUCACAGGAAUCCAAUACAAUUCCCAAGCAGGCAAGUGUGGCUUCCUUCAGCUAUGGCUGGGGACCUCGACCUGCUGUAGGAGGCUCUGCUUCCUUUGCUGAAGAUGGAAGAACCAGAGAUACCAAUACCAUGGGGAGAAUCAGCGGUUCCAGAGUGACCCUACCUUUAUUAACUCUGCUGGGGGGGUGCACUGCACCAGCAGGGCAGUUACCCCUCUAUUGGACGGACACUUUGAAGGGAUUUGGGGUCUUCCUGCCCUUUGUUUUGGGUUGUAGCAGCUCCACCACAGCUUCUAUCCCAGUAGAACAUCACCAUUUAGGAAAGGCUGAGCAUAGAGUCAUGAACUAAUGAACCUAGAGGUCAGUUGCCCUAAGAAGAGUGGAUAGAAAGCAGAGUGUCGCGGGCCUUCCCAACCCCAAGGUUGCACCCCCAGAACUUGUACAAGAAAUCAACACUGGGUCCUCUCUCUUUUUUCAUGCUUAGAAAUUAAAAAGUGCUUUAAAAUUCUAAGGACACUUAUAGCUACCUGUUGUGUUUUUCUUUCUUUUCCCAGUCCCUGAGAAAUGAUACAAGAAAAGUAUCAGUCUGUGAAGCAGCAGGGACUAGUCCUGUUAAAAAAGAAUGGGACUGAGGCAGGAUGAAAUGAAAGCCCUGGAAGUCGUGAGACAGGCUCUGAUGUGCCAUUGACAGGAUAUUCUUCUCCGAGAGAAAAACUGCCUUCCUGGAAACCUGACCAAGCCAACCCCACUUCGGGUCCCCCUGAGAAGCCCCUGCUUCUCCUCCCAGCCUGUCUCCAAAGGCCAUGGACACAGAACUAUUCUUCCCUCAACAAUAGAGGAGUCAGUACUCUGCCGCCUGCCUCAGAAUACACAAAGCCUUAUGAUGGAAAGCCCCCUGAGACCAGCCCUACAAACAACUCUAGUCAGAAUAAUCCCCUUCCUAUGAACCCUGGCUAUGGUCCUGAGACCAAGGCGGAGUCAGCGAACCCCAAGCAAGAUCCACCUGCAGGGCUGAAAGAAGAGCUGGGGGGCCCUGCCCCCAAGGCCCUCCAGGAGAAGAGAACCCUGCUGAACAUGCAUGCACACUUGAGGUCAGCAGCAGCGAGGCGCGUUCAGAGCCGGAGGUCAUUCCACAGGCCCAAACCUCUACGCUACCCCAAGCUGCAGAAACUUGCUUCCCUCCCUCAGUCUUGUCACAUCCUCCCACAUUCUCUGGAACAAGAGGAGACACAGCUGUGAUCCAAGAGAGAGCAGGAAAAAAACAGUCAUUGGACAUAGAAAAAGAGAGGGGGAGCAGGGACUGAAUCUGGGAAAAUUAGAGCUCUCCAUUGAAAAAAGGGGAAAAAAUGAAACUCUCAGGUUCACAGGUAUGUCUGUUUGUCCUGCAGGGGCACUUCUAGCUAGCGUCUUUCCCUUUCCUCAUUAGCAUGAGAGGGAACACAGGAGUCUUCAGGUUCAACACUUCAUCGGCAUCACUUGCCUGGGGCUCAGAUUCAGUCCUGACUCCCCAGGAGCCUGUAUAAUAUGCCCUCUGCAGGGACUGGAGAACGGAGGAGCAUCACAAGAUUGGGGGCACAGUCAUGAACUCCCAAAUCACUGCCAUCUUCAGCUGUGGUUGCUGUAGUUGAACUGUGUCGGGUGCUGCCCAUGGGGCAUCCCUGCCCACUGGGCUCAUAAAUAAAAUCCAGCCAAUGGAGAAGGGUGCAGAGAGGGGAACGUCACAGGGGGGAAAGUAGGAAUAUGGUAGGGAGAGGUAUCACCUUAGCUUUAGGUACAAAACAAAGAUAAAGCUGCUGUCUUCAAACAACUACUUAGCUUUUCUUUGGGAUCUCAGGUCUCCUCUGGACGAGAUGGAUCAGUGCCUUUUCCUCCAAGGGAAACUCUUCAGACAUUUUCCUACUUCUGACUGUUUUGUGUCAUUGAAUCCUUGAAAAACUCACUUCACUUGGGGAAUUUGAUUCCUCAUUAUAUAAGUGAUUUCUCUCAGUGAUGCUGAGAUUGAGCAAUAGAGAAUGACUUGAUGAUGAAACAGUCAUGGUCCUCACAGCUAAUUCUUGAUCCAUCUGGUUGGACCAUCCAAAAGUCAGACUCAGAGAGAGAUGCAAUUAGCCUCACCUGGGAAACUCUUCCAUGAACAGAUUCCUCCUCUGCAGUCUUUGCACAUAGUUGAUUCCUCUGCUGUAAUGAACAAGUCAGAAAAAAAAGAGGUUGAGUUGGACCUUUGGUGUUGGUAUUUGUGGAAUUUAGCUAAUAUUCAAUGAAUAGUCAGAUACAAAUUUGAUUUUUGUUUUCAUUUAAAUAGUAAUAGUUCUCACAUCUUUCCUGUCCCUUUCAUCAGAAAGCUCACUUAGCUGAAUCUGAGUGAUUAUCAUUUAUUGACCAACUUUGUGACCACACAUGUUCCCAUUUGCUGUAUAUUUUCUUAAUCUUUUUGCACAACUCAAUUAGUCUUAUUUCCUCUAUCCCUUUGUGUUGCUUUAUUCAAGUGCCACAAUUCGAUGACUCAGGAAGCAAAAACUCUCAAGUACUGUGGAUAGAGAAGUUGAAUAUUAGUAUAGAUGUUUAUAGCUUUUCAAGAUCUGAAGUCUAGCUACUUUGGGGAUAGAGAAUCAUAACUGUAGUUUAUGCCCCAUCAUGUCUUCUCAACUGAGCAAGAGCGGCCUUAGCCAGAUCCUCCCUAGUAAAUUAAUUCUUUCAGACCCCAAAGCAAGGAGCCAUUACAACAUAUGGUUGUUAAUCCCCUUGUUUUCCAAAAGAGUGAUUAUUGUCAAGCUUUCUUGCCCAACAGCUAAACUUUUUAGAAGGAUUGGCCCUGAGGUACCAAUCUUCUCACCUGAUCUUCCAUGUUGGACUUCUCAGGUGCGCCCAUCACUCCUGGAAUGAGCUACCAGAUGAGUAGGUGAGACUGGGCUCACAGGACUUUUCCAGAGUGCACUGGGGUUCCUUGGGUACGAUGCAUGUUCCCCCCUCCCCAACAAACUGUUGUAUAUUUCAUUUGCUUCAACAUAGCACAUUUUGACUUAAUUAUGUAUCUUCAUCUUUUGACAUCAAAGUUUCCCAUAUUAGUCAACUCAAGUUCAACAUUGGCUCAAGCACAGGAUAGAGUCUCUAGGCCUCAAGGAAAUCAUAGUUCAACACUGUUUUGCCACUGUGCAUACUUAGGCAGGUCCUUUGACCUCCAUAUCUUGUUUUCUACCAAUAAAGUAGAAAUAAAACCUUCUGUCUCCUCACCUCCUGGUAGCACAUAAAAGUGAAUGAUUAGACCAAACAACUUUGAUAGUUUCAGAUAUUGCAUAAUAACUGUCUGAAAGUCUGCCUGCUACUGCCCCAAACCACAAGUAAGGGGUCUAGUUUUAUCUUACCAAUGCUUUAAGCUACCUGUCCCCUCUUCCCCUUGAUGAAGUAUUCCUAUUUAGAAUGCAACAAUAAAAAGAAAGCCUAGUUAUAUUUCUGCAAGGGAUCACUGAACACCCCUUAUGACUACUACUAUUAGGACUAAGGUGGAAGGCCUGACUGCUUCAAGGAUUUCGGCUUUCGUCAGGGUCUGGGGAAGCACUUUUUAAGGAGCAGUUCACCUGCCUGAGCUCACUGGUUUAAGACACCACCAGAAUAAAGUCAAAUGGCUUGUUAGCUCAAGCCAUGGGAAGGAUAGUCCUGACCAGUGGAGGGGUGGGAGGGAGAGAAGACCACUGUGACUAACAAUAUAUGCCUACCAACACAAUGGUACCCAACUAUAGAAUGGCCCUAGGUAUGUUCUGGAUACCAUUUCUCUCCUGUUCUCAUGGUGCUAAUACUGCUGGUUACAAACCUUAUUUUAAAACUUUUAAAAUCAAGUCUUUUAACACAUAAUGUUCAGUAACCAAUUUGACUGAAUGACUUUUUUCUCUUCCAACAAAUUGACCGAUUUUUAUACUGAUUUGACUGAUUAGAUGAGUUAUUUUUGCUGUGUAGCUGCCAUAAUCAUUUUUCCAUGUCUUUUUGAAAAGUGGAAACAACCAGAUAGUAAAGUCUAUCUACUUUUUGCCAAAGGGAGGCUGGACCAUAUCAGGAGACCUGCAGGGUAAUCAUUCUAUAGCAAUUCAGAAAUUUGCACUAAAACCCUUGGCUGAACCUCUCCUUUCUCCUCCCUCCACACCCCUAUGACCCAUGAACAAGGAGAGUCGUUAAGACAACUUAAGUGAAAAUAGCCCCACCUCAUCUUCAGGACAUGAUUUCAGGAAAGGCAGAAAGGGAUCUCAGAAUAGCUGUGAUGAUUCUUCAACUCUGGAUGACUCCUGAAAGGGACUGGGAGGGUUGCUCACCUUUAAGAAAACAUUAACCUUCUCUGGGUUAACAUUUUGUAUUGGGUGGCCCCAAAGUAUCCCUGAUGAAAGGAGGAAGAGCAGGGACCAGAGAGGAAGAGUGGGAUCAGUGUGACAAAAGAACUCCCAUGCUCUCCACGUAGCAAAGAGAAAAGGAACAUUGACCAGCUUGUACACUUAGGAAAUGUAUAGCACGUCUCUGCUGUUGAACGUCUUUUGAACACCAAGUCAUAAAUGGCGCCUUGGUUCACAUCUGAGUCAAGCAGAAUUCAAGCUGCGUUGUUCAAGCUUCUGUUUUGGGGAGAGAUAACAAGAGGUAGACUAUAAUAAUUUUAAAAUGUUUUUAUAGACAUGAUAUAAGCAACCAGUACUCUCAAACCUUUUGAUCAGGAAAACGAAAUUGACUGCUGAUCACCAUUGUUUUCUGAUUUGUGAUUAUCUUUUACCAGCAUAUGCUCUCAGAACAGUUAAAGCAAAGAAAACGCUUUGAAUAAUUUAUAUUUAGCAUAGUGUACACCAGUCACAGAUUACCCCUACACACAUUUAUUCCAAAUUUAAAAAAAGGAGUUGCCCUGAAGGUUGGCUCUUUGCUAAUACAGCAGAUAUCUUAUACAAUUCUGUCACUGGAGGACAGGACUGACACCCGCUUAUAGGUAUAUAACUGUCUUGUUUUUUUCCUUUUAAUAUAUGGAGUUGUUUCGAUUCAGGGGACCCAUGUUGACUUAUCAUAUAUCCCAAUGCGUAAUGAAAAGUGGUAAUUAUAGUGGGAAAUCUCUUCUAGUGAUCUUUCAUUCUUUUCAAUGGUUCUCAUAUUUCCCAGCCAUCUUUUCAGUCAGCAUGAUGGCAACAGUGCAAAAAUCAAACUACACAUAUGGAACUUAAAAUGCCCUAUUGAAAGCAAGUCUGGUGUUCUUGACUACCAUAACGAUCCUGUUAGGUUAACCAUUUCCUUAAUCAGACUUGUUGAGCAGCAAUGGACCAGCUGGUUGGCUCUUUGCAUAAUUAGACCAGAAAAUGGCUGUUUCUAUGUUGUCGAUAAAUACAGUCUCCCAGUCUGGCAAUAAAUAUCCUGGGCACUCUGAGAGCAGCACUGUUUCAGGCUGUUCAGGUGUCAUCUAAAGAAUCAUCACUCCUGUGCACUGAAAAGUCUCCUAAUCACCUGAAAGAGUUAAUCUGUCUUCCAAAGUGCCUACUUAAUUGCCUGGCUGCAACCUAUGUGCUGGAAGGCUCAAGCUGACAUAGCCCUUGUCCAGAUGAUCUAAAAACAAAGCGACCGCUUUUUAAAAAAAUGCAUCAUAGCACAGACAAUCAGAUAUUUUCAACUCUCUGUGCAAACAAGUUGGACUGCAGCACAGUCUACCCAAACAUUUUCAGCACAAUCAGCUGUUAAGACAGGAAAACAAUCUCUUUGGCUGUCCAGUCCCAACCAUACACUACUGCUUCUGGAUGUUGGUGUGCCGAGCUCAGCCGUGACUUGAGAACACAUUUGUCUAUUGUUUCAUUCAUUCAUUCAAUACCUAUUUACUUGAA